AUGGCAUUCCAAGAGGAUUUCAAGCCCGAUUAUAGCGGUGUGCCCAGUCAGGCAUUGGAUGCUGUAAGAAUGCGAUCCGCACAACUGACGCAUUCUUUAAGAAGGCUACGAGAUGAAUUAGCUAAGGCCGAAUUACCACAAUGGUACUCCUUACAAUCGCAAUUGAAUGUUACUUUGUCACAAUUGAUGUCUUUAACCUCUAAUAUGCAACAUUUCCAAGACGUUUUGGACUCAACAGUGGUCUAUCCGCUACCGAACUUCCCCACAACAUCUCAUGAAGGUCUUCUGACAACUUUGCUCAGAAAGAGAAAUAUUCCAGAAGUUGAUGAGUGGAUAAAGUCAGCCAGGGAAGCCUCUGAUUUGGAUACCGGCUCACUAGAUAUUAAAGAUAUUACAAAAUCAUUGAAUGAUGACAAAGAAAUCUCCAAAUGGGCACUCGAGACUUUUGUUGAAGAGUUCGAAAAACAUAAUUAUAAGGGCUUCCACACCAGGCAGGACAAUGGACCAGUUGAUGAUAUAGAGAUGGAAGGUCUGCCGGCCGGAAAGAACCCAGUGAAGCCAUUCGAUGUUGAAGAUGUCCUCCGUUAUACAUACAAGGGAGAAAUAACGGGUGAGGAACAGACUCAAGAGAAUGAUGCAGCUAUGGUCAUUGAUUGA